AAUUUUGCAAAAUUUUGGUCGACAACUCGAGAGACACUCUCCGCUCUCGAGCAUGUCCAAGAAAAGUCUGCUUUAAGGUAAUGUAACGGCAUUUUUGAUUGGAUUGGCUCGAGAAACAAGAAAAUAUAGCUUCAGCUUGAUAACACACUGCUAAGUAGCAAAGCUAUCAAAAUGCAGCCGCCGCCGCGCAAGGGUAAUUAUGUGAAGUUCCUGAAGAAUUUGCACACGGAACAGGUGGCCAAGUUGCAACUGAAGAAUCAGCAUGAGUGCGAUCUCCUCGAGGAUAUACGUCAGUUCACAAUCAAGCGUUCCGCUAUCGAGAAAUCAUAUAGCGAGAAUCUGCUUAAGAUCUCAUCGCAGUAUCUCAAUAAGAAAAUACCAAAUAUACCGGACAUCAAAAUGGACGGCAUGGAGGAGCGCUGGAACAUGUGGAGUGUUUGGCGCACCGUCUUGGAAGAGAACGAGAAAUUGGCACGCGCUCGAUUGGCCGCCAUUGAGGUGUUCCAGCAACAAAUUGCCGAUGAGGCGAAGGUCCUGCGGGAUUAUAAGCUGGCCAUUGCAAAGCGUUCGCUCUCCGGCAUUGUCAACGUGCAGAAGGAGUUGCAUUUGAGUGUUGGCGAUGUUGAUAAGACCAAGAAAUCAUAUUUUGAUGAGGAGCACUGUGCCCACGAUGUGCGCGACAAGGCCAAGGAUAUUGAGGAGAAACUGAAGAAGAAGAAGGGCUCCUUCUUUCAGUCGAUCACAUCGCUGCAGAAGAACAGCGCCCGUGUCACAUCGCGCAAGGAGCUGCUCGAGGAGAAGUCAUCGGGUGCACGCAACGAUUAUGUGCUCAGUUUGGCGGCAGCGAAUGCUCAUCAGAACCGUUAUUUCACCGUCGACUUACAGACGACGAUGACCACCAUGGAGAACUAUGUCUUCGAGCGAGUCGCUGAAUAUCUAAUGCUAAUGGGACGCACCGAGUUGCUGACCUGUUCGGCCACACAGAAUAGUUUUGGCAAGAUUCGGGAUCAGGCCCAACAGCUGACCCGGGAAUACAAUCUACAGUGCUGCUAUCUGUUCUAUCCGGUGCUGAAGCAGCACAUCCAAUACGAUUUUGAGGCUUGCGAUAAUGAUCCGGUGCGAAAGGUGACAGCGGAACACGAAUCCGCCGCUGAGACACUUACUAAGGAGGCAAAGAAUCUGGCGGGUCGUGUGGUCAAGGAGAACGCUUCGAUACGGGAGUAUGCCAAGAAGUUGGCCUUGUGCCAGUCGUUGAGGGAUGCGGGGCAGCGUUCCGAUCCCAAUGAUCCGAAUGGACCCGAUCUGGAUACGAAAAUCGAUGAGUUCCGCGAUCAGAUCCGUCGCUCCGAAACGGAAAAGGCCAAGGCAGAGGCGUGUUUGCAGUGUCUGCGCGAUGGCGGCAUCAAUGUGGACGAAUGGGUGCAGGAGGCGGAAAUUAUGGGCGUUCAGGAGCUAACACGCUCCGCCAGCUCCAUUUCGAUGCGCACCGAUGCCUCCGGCCAGGGUGAGAAUCCCAGCUCUGAUUCAUUCUACGACAGCGACAAGGAGGAAGCAGCUGGCACAACUACAGCCACAGCUGCCGCUGCAUCCAAGCCCAAGCAGGAGCAACAGCUCUCACGGGAUCGUACCUUUAGUGACAGCGACGAGGAGCCCGAGGAACGGGAUCGUCCACAUCCAACAGUUGCAGCAGCUGCUCCUGCCAGCAGCGCCGCCGGCGGCGGCUGGGACGAUCCAACCGAGGUCAAUUGGGAAGAGGCAGAGGAUGACAAGGACGAACCCAUUGUGCCUGAGCCCAAGGAGGCAAUCUUCAAGUGCACGGCGCUGUACAGUUAUACGGCACAAAAUCCCGACGAAUUGACAAUUGUGGAGAAUGAGCAGCUGGAGGUGGUUGGCGAAGGCGACGGGGAUGGCUGGCUGCGUGCACGUAAUUAUCGGGGCGAGGAGGGCUAUGUGCCACACAAUUAUCUGGACAUCGAGCAGGAUGCGGCUGGUGGUGGUGGCUUUAAUGGUAGUUCCGGCAAUCAAUUGCGAUCACAAAUCUCAUUCUCAUCUGUCGAUUAUACUGUUGACAAUGAAGAUCAAACGGUGGACUCAAUGCAAUCGCCCGACCAGGUUUCGGUCAUAAUGGCGCCCCAAAAGCGCAUCAAGUCCGACAUCGAGUGGUGCAUUGCGCUCUACGACUACGAUGCCACCGCCGAAGAUGAGCUGACCUUCGAGGAGGGCGAUAAGAUCAAGAUCAUUACCAAGACCGCUCAUGGCGUCGACGAUGGCUGGUGGGAGGGCGAAUUGGAUGGUAAAUUUGGCAAUUUCCCCUCCCUAGUCGUCGAGGAGUGCGACGAGUUGGGUGAACCCCUCAGCGAUGGCGGCGAAGAGUCACCGCCCCCGAUGGCAGCGCCCAAUUUUGCACUGCCCCCAGCACCGGCACUGCCCCCAGAGUAUGCCCACGAGCUGACGGACAUAACGGAGGAUAUGUUCGGCUCUCAGGAAACAGUUGAUGAGGAUCGGGAUAGCGGCUACAUACCCAAUGGUGCUGCAGUACCCAACAUGCCUCCGCCAGUGCUUAUACAAGAGCCUGGCCUGGAGGACGAUUUUAGUGACGAUGAGAAGCCGCCACCUUCGUUGCCGCCGCCGCAGUUGAUCCAACCAAAAGUUGAGGGCGCCAAGGGGACGGGCAAGGGAGGUGCGGGGGCGGUCACGGCGGCUUCAACUUCGAAUACUUUGAACUUAGGUAUGGCACAAAUAAUUGUUACCGCUGCAACCCCAAUGGUUGAAGACGGUGCCGAUAAAUCUUUCCCACCAGUAGGAGAGAGCGACAAUUCAUCAUCAUCCUCUGCCAAGGAUCAGCCCGUUGUGGAUAAAAAGCCAGAUAUUGUAACUCCAAAGCCGACUAAGGCUAAAGUGGCGGGAGCUGUUGUGGCCACGUCCAAAGAAGGUAAUCGUAUUGAAUAUAAUGAUGAUGAUGAUGAUGAUGUUGAAGAUGAUGGCGAUCUGGUUGAUGCCACUGUAACCAUAACACUGACAGAGUAUCCAUCCAUCCGUCCAGCAGAGGACCAGCAAUCACUUUCGGACGGCACUGAUUCGGUCAAUGCGGAUGUGCCCGUGCUGCAGGAGCCGGAGGAAGAUCCAUUUAAUGAGAAAUCGGCGAAAGGAGCUAAGCAAUCCGCUGCAGCGGCUGAUGCUGGCGGAGGAGGAGGUGGCGGUGGUGGAUUUGAAGCCGAUUUUGAGGCCAAUUUCGAUGCUAAUUUCGAUGAUGCAUUCGCCAUGGGCGGCGGUGGAGGAGGAGGCGGUGGUGGUGGUGGCGGUGCGCAGUCUAGCGACCUGGAUGUGAAUUGUGAGACUCCAGCCGAGGAUGUUAUUGAUGCACCCAAACAGGUGGUGGGCGGACGUGCCAGCAUACCCGAGGAAUUGGACUCAAAUCAAUUGGCACGCCUCGAGAAUCUGAAAGAGUCGAAUGCUUAAGAUGGCCUACUCCGUAUCCAAAAACUCCACCUGGUUACUUUAAAUGUUGUUCGUUAUAAAAUAGGCACACAACAGCAAUGAGCACGAUAUAAAUUCUAUAUAGAGACUACAUACUCAUAGCUGGACCAACCGACAGCCAGAAUGAGAAUUACAAACUGUAUUCAUUUAAGCCAAAGCACUUCUCUUCGCACAUACACACACAGAUUGCUUCGAUUUCUGAGCCACUUGUAAUAAGGAUACAAUGCAAUCAAUUCGAUAAUUACAACGAUGCCAUUUCUGUGCACUUGAACAAAACCAAAACCACCCUAUACAUUUACAAUAUAUACAAGGAUGGAUAUUACCCUGUUGUUGAGAUUAUAUCGGUAUUAUGUAAAAAAUUGUAAUCGUUGUUUGACGAGUGUUGUAGUUGUCUCUCACUGUCAGACUCUGAAACGGAUCUUCGAAUAUCAGCUAAUAAUCGAGCAAUAAUAAAUAAUAUAUGUAUGUGUAUAUAUCUAAGCCAACAACAUAUAAUAAUUACGUAUAUUACUAGCUAAAAACCUAUAUUUUAAAUGUGCUUAAUUAACAGUAACGAAAAAAAGGGAAACCAGCCAAAAAAUAUUUCAACUCAUAGUCAAUAUUAUGGAUAUGUUGCAAAAAUAAAUAAAUUAAAUUCAAAUAAGUAUACUCAUUGUUAGCACUAGGAAUUGUGCACAUCAUAGACAAUUACUUUCCAUCUAGUUUGCUUGAAAAUAUUAUGAAUUGUUGUACUGUACUGUUAUAUUGAGAGUCUACUCACAUUAGAUCAAUGCUUUUUCGUAUGAGUUUAGUUCAAAAUGAUCUUGGUUGAUUAUAUUAAUGUACUACCUGAAAAUGCCUACUCAAUUUUUGCGAAUCAUAAAUAGUUAAAAAAAGAAAAAAAUACUCACAACAACUGAUUAUAUAGUGUGAACAAGCUCUAACUAGAGUUCAUUUAAAUAAAUAUGAUAUUAACAACAAAUUAUUCAAGUAUACCGCAAUUGUAUUGUAUGUUAUUUUUUCAGUGAGGCAAUUAAAGUUCAUGUCAUAAAAGAAAAACCUUCUGUUUAAAGGACUUAUAAAUAAAUUAACACUU